AUGCUGAGCUCGAAAAAAUGCGCCUACCAAAUGAAGCCGGAAGAAGUUGGGAGAAAUUAUGCGAAGGAAGCUGGAGAUGAAGAAGAUGUUCUAGACAUUCCUUGUGAGUUUUAUUCAAAAAUCUCAGAAUCAGAUUUCAAAUCAGUAUUCGAUUUUCAGACUACACUUCUCAUAACUUACCCUCAAUUAUGUUGGAGAACGAGGAACUUCCGCCGGAAUAUUUUGAACUUGAAUCAGCGCGAGCUUCACCUUUGCCUUCAUACGAUGAUGUGAUGUAUUGCGAUCAACUGAAUCGAUCAUUCCAGAAUUUGAUUUCUGCAAGAUAA